AUGUCUGCCCCUGUCGCAGAAAAGCAAAAAAAGGAGGAUCCUCCCCAAGCAGAAGAAGAAGACGACUACUACUCCGAAGGCGGCAGUGACUACGACUCCUACUCAGACGAAGACCCCGAUGAGCCCAUAACCGAGUCCGACGCUGAGAAUGAAGGAGGACAACUACAGCGCCGAAGAAAGGCUCGUGGCCGUCAAUACUAUGAUGAUGACGACGAUGAGGACGACGACGAGGACGAUUACAGCGAUGAAUACGAUGAUGACGAUGACUACGACGACGACGAUGCCGUAGCUCCAUACGGAGGAAAUGCGGUGCAACAACAAGGCGGUGGAAAGAUGGAGCUUGCGUCGGAUGCUAAGAAGGGCAUUGACGAUGAGGAAGGGUUGAAGCUGAAGUUGGAGGUUAAUCUGGAAGUGGAGAUUGAGUUGAAGGCCGCUAUACACGGUGAUCUUACUCUGUCUUUACUCGCCUAA